ACGCCGUGAAAGAUGAUGGCCGCGCUAUCCCUUCCGACUCUUUCCUCUCUGCCGGACUCGCUUCUGCUCCAGAUCCUGGUCUGGCUGCCGCUGCGUGACCGAGUGGGCGUGGCGAGAGUCUGCAAACGGUGGCAUCGUUUGGUGCGGGACAAUUCGUUGUGGCGACACGUGGACCUCUCUUCUUACAGGCUAUCCUCCAAGAUCUUAUGGCAUCUUCUACGGAACUAUUUCCAAGGCAACCUGCAGACUCUGAAGCUACGGGGAUCCCUCCACUCCUUUCGAAAACAAGAAAUACUUACCUCAGCACUGCUUCAGGCUUUGGGCAAACAAUGUCCCAAACUCCACCAAUUGAGUUUGAUGGAGGUAAACCUCCGUUCAUUCCAGUUCAGCUGUAUGCCCUCCUCUCUUACUACCCUGGAGCUGAGACGUUGUGAGAUCCCUUUUAUUUGGUUCCAAGUGCCAGACCCACCCUGCGCUUUCCCAAAAAUCCAACAACUUUCAAUCUGGAAUGUCCCUGCUUUUUUCAACCAGCAUCUAUUUAAUAUUGCCACCCAGGGCACUCUCAAGACUCUCAUCCUUUCAGAAGCCUAUCGUAUAACAGAUGUGGGGAUCCAGGAAGUAGCACCACAUCUGAAAGACCUUCAGCACCUUGCCUUGUGCCAUUGUAGAGUUGGUGAUUCAGCCAUGCACUUCAUUGGGCGCCACGUGAAGCAACUGCAGCAUUUAGAUCUCAGGACCAAUUCCUUGACAGACGUAGGUCUUCUUUGCUUAAGUGGUUUGCCAAACUUAGAGAGCCUUUGCUUGAGAGACUGCAGUCAACUUUCUCCAGAAACUAUUUUAAUUGUUUGCCAGUCACUCCCCAGCCUGAAGCAUCUUGAUUUAAGCGGAAUAGACUUUGAAGACAAAAUAUUCCAAAAGAUCCAGUUGAGUUUGCCGAGCUGUACAGUGGCAAACACCAUCCCUUGCACAGAUCCCAGUGCAAUAUCUUAGAAGAUAGCAAAUUUUCCCUAUGCAUGUUAUUCACAGGUCAAAAGAUGGCAGCACUCAGAUACCUCUCCUUAGCAGCUUUUUGUCCUUGCAGCCCAAAUGUUUGUCGCAAGUAACACAUUUCAAAGGCCAUUAGUUUAACUGUUGUGUAAAUUAUAUGGCCAGUGUUUGUACUGCAGAUGUCCUGCGAUGUUGACAUAACUCAAGCAUAAAGAAUCCACUGUCUUUCAAAUUUUUGAUACACCUCUUAACUCCCACCAGUUCCAGCAAAUACAGUAAGCUGUGAACCUUGAUAGAAAAAGUAUUCAAGAAUUCCAGGGACUGCCAGGCUUUAAAGUAUGACAUUAAAAAGUGACCGAGAGAUUAAAAAUUAAAAUAAUUUAUGUACUACAGGUACAAGAUGUUAUUAGACAUACUGUGCCGUUUUAAAAGCACUGCACACAUUUCUGGACAUCUGAUCUAGGACAUAGCUUCUGUUCUGAAGUCUAUAAGAGCUGAGGUGGCGCGGUGGUUAAAUGCAGCACUGCAGGCUACUGCUAGAUCAGCAGUUCAGCGGU